CCAAAGCUGAGACAUGGCUAUAUAACGUGCAGUACUCUCUGUCAAAGCGUAAGACAGAUGAUCGGUUGACCCACCACCUUACAGGGCCACCGCCAUUUUGCAAGUGUGUCCAAAAGGAGUGUGACGCCCCGAUAACAGCCUUCAAUGAAAAAGACAGGGAGUCAGGGACAGCAAAUAAAGAUGGAGGGAUCAGAGGAAAGGUGAAAACGAUUUUGCAGAAGAGGAGGAGAAGUAAUACAAAAGAGGCUGUUCAGAACUCCACUACUGCUAGUUCUAGUAGUAUUGGUAUAUUUGAUAAAGACAUAGUAUGUGAUAUACUAAGCAGACUCCGGGCUAAGUCAAUUAUGAGAUUCAAGUGCGUAUCAAAAUAUUGGUGCACCUUAAUCCAAGACCCAUACUUCGGUGAUUUACAUUUUACCAGAUCAAAAACAUGUAUACGUCUUCUUUUCAUUGUUCCGCCACUUAAAAGUCAGCCAAAAAACAGAACUGCCGUCACCAAUUACAAAGAGUAUCCAGUGUGUUUCAAAACUGCUGACUUACUAUCUGAAGGUAAAGGCAGAGUUGUUUCAACCAUUCACACUGUAAGGAGAUCGAAAUCUUUUCAGUGUAGUGAAAUACUUGGAGCUGUUAAUGGUUUGAUUUGUUUCAUUGAAGAUUCCGAGGGUGCUGCUUGCAUAUUCAAUGUUAGCACUAGAGAGGUAACACCAUGGAUUAGAUCGUCAUUAGAUGAUGAUGAUGAUUUUUUUCCUUUAGCUUAUGGUUUUGGGUUCGAUCCUGCCACUAACCAGUACAAAGUCAUAUGCAUCUGGGAAAUGGCAGAAGAAGAGGAUAGCAGUACCAUUUUCGGUCCCCUUGUGUGUGAGGUCUUGACUUUAGGUGACAAUUCAUGGAGAAGGAUUGAUGAGGUACCAUCUCGACCUUUUACUCGCAUCACCUUCUAUUUAUGUCAAUGGUUCUAUAUAUUGGUUGCCUGACAUGUUUGAGAGUGACAAUAUGAAAGAUGGUGAUAUUGUGUUUAUAUUGGCAAUUGAUGUUGGAAGUCAGAAGUUCAGGAAGAUUCAAAUUCCUAAGUUCAUUGUUGAUCAGUGUUUCGAUUGUCGCUAUGGUUCUUUAUUCGAGCAAUAUGGUCAUCUGUUAGAAGUGAAUGGGUGUUUAGCUAUAUCAACCAGCACUAGUGCAUCCGCUGUCAAGAUCUGGAUACAUGAUGACAAUCAUCAUAGUAAACAUACAUCUGCGGAGACUGGUAACGAAAACUGGACUGAACACACUCUUACCGUACCUAGUUCUGUGGGUAUAGGUCCAGUUUUAUUGUCAUUCCGUUGCGGAUACAAGCCAAUUGAUCCUAGAAAUUCAUCAAACAAAAUCCAACUGCGAGAUAAAAUAUGUGUCUCUUUAUUCUUAUGAUUGGAAUAACAAGUCAUUCACGAAAAUGAAGAUCAGCGGGGUUCCCUCCUCAGUUCCUGAAUAUUUCUCUUCUAUAGUAUGUACGUCAUUUAGCGAAAGCCUAUUUUCCUUUGCAGAAGCAGAAAGAGCUGCAGUCGACUUUCAACAGAAAGUGAUCAGUAGGAGGCCUGUGGCAAGGAAAAGCAACACUGCACUCGACUUUUCUCUGUAAUUUUUCUUAGGCGACUGGUAUAGUAGGCUAGCCUUUACUAUUUAGCUAUGGGGAUUCAUUUUAAGCUUCUUUUGUUGCCUUUUUGUUUAAACUCUUUCGCGUUUAAUUUAUUCUAUAAAACUUUGA